UGUUUCGAUGUGCAAAAAAGGUCUGCGAAUACAGGCAGAGACUGGCUUUGAGAAAGCGGAAAGAUGAAACUAACAUGGAAGAAGGACAACAAGAGCAAGAAACGCCCUUUAGCUGCCAUAUCAAAGUACCCAAAUCUCCCUUUUGAUCAACAACAAGAUUUUGAAGAAUCUAUAAAGACCGAUAACAAGAACGAGGACAAUGGUAAUAGCAAGCAAGUGGUUACUUCUAACGAGCCCUCGAAUUCAGACUCCGAUAGUCAACUGGCCGAGUCAUUUCAAUCACAAGGCAAUAAGCUAGCUGAGGACGGAAAAUACCGUGAAGCACUUGGGAAGUGGGAGGCUGCUCUAAAUUUGAUGCCUGAAAGUGCUGUCUUACAUGAACAAAAGGCACAAGUUUUACUUGAAAUUGGAGAUGCAUGGAAUGCAUUGAGGGCUGCAACUCGGGCUUCUGAAUUGGAACCCUCCUGGGCUGAGGCAUGGGUCACUCUUGGUAGAGCACAGUUAAACUUUGGGGAGCCUGAUAGUGCUAUUAAAAGCUUUGAUAGAGCAUUAGCUAUAAAGCCUGAUUAUAAGGAAGCUCAAGAUGACAGACAUACUGCAGUACAUCUUGUUAAAAGGCGAAAGCAGCUUCAUUCAUCAGGCUUGAGCGCUGAUAAAAGUCGUUUUCUGGUUGGGGACAAGGUUGAGAGCUCCUGAAAGAUGCACCGAAGUGACUUAAACCAUGGAUUAAAUCCUCAUGCAUUGUGUUGAAGAUUUUGGCUGCUGUGAAAAGCGAGGGAGAAGGGAAUGGGCAAAGGAGGAAGCAACCUGGACUUCAAAUCAUGUUGUAUUGUAGUUGUAUAGAAUUUAUCAUUCGCUAUAUGGAGAUCUGUUGAGUUGGAACUGUUUGUGGUGGAAACUUAGACGGCUAUAGCUGAGAGUUCUAGCAGCUAUAAGCCGCGGAUUAGAAUCUUACCAAAUAGUUCUAAUCCAGUUGUUGGGCCAAAAUCCUUACCAAACACUUUUAAUCCACUUAUUGCUGGGCCCCAAUCAGAUAUCCACUGCAUGAAAAAAUGGAACCAAACACCCCUUAGUUAUCACCUUCA